GUGCAUUCAAGUACUUGAAUUUUGUUGCGUUGUGUAGCUCCAAGGGAAGACUGGCAAUGAAGAGAAGCUAUGAAGGGAACAUCUGCAUAGAAGGCAGGCACAGGAUUCCAGUGACAAUGUCGAAGCACCACGAUGCAGGGACCGCUUUCAUCCAGACCCAGCAGCUACAUGCUGCUAUGGCAGACACCUUCCUGGAGCACAUGUGCCGCUUGGACAUCGACUCAGAGCCCACCAUCGCAAGAAACACCGGCAUCAUCUGCACCAUCGGCCCGGCUUCCCGCUCAGUGGACAAGCUGAAGGAAAUGAUUAAAUCUGGGAUGAAUGUUGCCCGCCUCAACUUCUCUCACGGCACCCAUGAGUAUCAUGAGGGUACAAUCAAGAACGUGCGAGAAGCUACAGAGAGCUUUGCCUCUGAUCCCAUCACCUACAGACCUGUGGCUAUUGCACUGGAUACCAAGGGACCUGAAAUCAGAACUGGACUCAUUAAGGGAAGUGGCACAGCAGAAGUGGAGCUGAAGAAGGGCGCGACUCUCAAAGUCACCCUGGAUGAUGCAUUCAUGGAGAACUGCGAUGAGAAUGUGCUGUGGUUGGACUACAAGAAUCUCACCAAGGUCGUAGACGUUGGCAGCAAAAUCUAUGUAGAUGACGGUCUGAUUUCUUUGCUGGUUAAGGAGAAAGGCAAGGACUAUGUCAUGACGGAGAUCGAGAAUGGCGGCAUGCUCGGCAGCAAAAAGGGAGUGAACCUGCCCGGUGCUGCUGUCGACCUGCCUGCGGUCUCCGAAAAGGACAUUCAGGACCUCAAAUUUGGCGUGGAGCAGAACGUAGAUAUGGUGUUUGCUUCCUUCAUCCGCAAAGCUGCUGAUGUCCAUGCUGUCAGGAAGGUGCUGGGGGAAAAGGGAAAGAACAUCAAGAUCAUCAGCAAGAUUGAGAAUCACGAGGGGGUGCGCAGGUUUGAUGAGAUCAUGGAGGCCAGCGAUGGCAUUAUGGUGGCCCGUGGUGACCUGGGAAUUGAGAUUCCCGCUGAAAAAGUCUUCCUCGCACAGAAGAUGAUGAUUGGGCGCUGCAACAGGGCUGGCAAACCCAUCAUCUGUGCCACUCAGAUGCUGGAAAGCAUGAUCAAGAAACCUCGCCCGACCCGUGCCGAGGGCAGCGAUGUCGCUAAUGCCGUCCUGGAUGGGGCAGACUGCAUCAUGCUCUCCGGAGAGACUGCCAAGGGCGACUACCCGCUGGAGGCUGUGCGCAUGCAGCACGCUAUUGCCCGGGAGGCCGAAGCCGCCAUCUUUCACAGGCAGUUGUUUGAGGAACUGCGUCGUCUGACUUCCCUCAACUGUGACCCCACGGAGGCCGCCGCUGUUGGUGCGGUGGAAGCAUCCUUCAAGUGCUGCAGCGGGGCCAUUAUUGUCCUCACCAAGUCUGGAAGGUCAGCGCACCUGGUGUCCCGGUACCGCCCACGGGCUCCCAUCAUCGCUGUGACCCGUAAUGACCAAACGGCUCGUCAGGCCCACCUCUACAGGGGCAUCUUCCCUGUCCUGUGCAAAGAACCAGCCCAUGAUGCCUGGGCAGAGGACGUAGACCUCCGCGUCAACCUUGGCAUGAACGUUGGCAAAGCUCGUGGGUUCUUCAAAAGUGGUGACCUGGUCAUCGUCCUGACGGGCUGGCGCCCUGGCUCUGGCUACACCAACACCAUGCGUGUGGUGCCCGUUCCCUGAACGACUGACACCAACUGAUGCCGGCCGGCGAACACCUUCCCCCCUCCACCCCAACUGCCCCCCACUCUGUUCUCCUCACCCCUCGCAUUAGACCAGCCCUUGCUUGCGCUGUUCUUGUCCCUAGAGUGGAUGUAGGUCGCUAAACACCACCCAGUGCAGCAGCAGCAGGGGAAGAGACCUUAAAUCAC